GGAUUGGGGCUCACGACUGGCCACAGGGCUUCAAGCAGCAGCAGCAGCAGCAGCAGCAAAGCCGUGAGCAGCAGCAGCAACAACAGCAGAGUCAUCAUCAUCAUCAGCGUCAGCAGCGACAAAGCCAUAUCCAGCAGCAGCAGCAGCAGCAGCAGCAACAGCAGCAGCAGCAGCAGCCACAGCAGCAGCAGCAACAGCUGCAGCAGAAGCCGCACACUUGUGCCUUCUCUCCCGCACGGCCUCACAUUUCCAGGAUCCGUAGGGUUUAG